CUAGUAGUUACUAAAAACGUUUUAACCCGUCUCCGUAUAAAUAUCUUCAAAGCGUAAAUAUAAGCUUUAUUUACCACAAAUGUGUUACCACAGUAACAUCUUUAAUUCGUUUAAAAGCGCACGGUUUUUAUACAUACAUAUAUAAUUAAGCAUUGAAAAGAGUUUAAUUUUGAAACAAACAGAAAACACUUGUUCGGCAUAGUAUAAAUGAAAAAAUACACAAGGAAACAAAACACUUGUUGCUUAUUUUGUAUGUGUAGUAUAUAUGAAGUCCGCCGGUCGAUUCAGUUGUUGAUUUGCUUCCGUGUCAGUGGCAUACAUUCUUAGUUACAUACUAAAUUUCCACCUGACAAGUGGUUUAAUAAACCGCAAUAUGUCGUUGCUUAAAGCAUAUUUUGCGCUGCUCUUCCUACUAUGUGUCAAUGUAUUUGCCAAGAAGGAUGUAAAUGGUGACUUCUAUGUUGGUCGAAAUCAGAUGAUAUAUCGCACUGAAGAACUAUCACAAGAAAAGUUCCUGGCAUAUAGUCCACUUUCAAAUGGCACACAUUUACGCGAAGCGGUUAAAAAUAUACUUGUACCUCGAGUUGUCGGUUCUGCAGGACAUACGAUGGUACGAGAUUAUAUAGCAAGUGAUCUGCGUGAUCUCAACUGGAAUGUAGAAAUUGACAAAUUUCAUGAGACAGUGCCUAUUUUGGGUAAAUUACAUUUUCACAACAUCAUUGCGAGACUCAAUCCGGAUGCAGAACGUUAUUUGGUACUAGCGUGUCAUUAUGACAGCAAAUACUUUGAAGAAUUUGAAUUCCUCGGUGCAACCGAUUCAGCAGUGCCGUGCGCAAUGCUACUCAAUAUGGCGCAUGUACUACAAGAGGCGUUGGAGCCAUUUCGCAAUUCCAAACUUAGCCUUAUGUUCAUUUUCUUUGAUGGCGAAGAAGCUUUUAAGGAGUGGGGACCAAAUGACUCAAUUUAUGGUGCAAGACAUUUAGCUAAGCGUUGGGAAGACGAUGGCACGAUUAACCGUUUGGAUAUGUUGGUAUUAUUGGAUCUAAUUGGUGCAGCUGAUCCCACAUUUUAUAACUUCUUCCCUAACACGGAAGCUUGGUAUUCACGUUUAAUAUCAUUGGAAGAACGUCUUUCAAAUGCAGAUAUGUUGGAUCAUUAUAUAAGCAAUGGAAUAUCACGCCAAUAUCCAAAUCGAUAUUUCCAACCGAAUACUAUGCGUUCAUCAUUUGUAGAGGAUGACCACAUACCCUUCCUAAAGCGUAACGUCCCCAUAUUGCAUUUAAUAACUUUGCCAUUUCCAAGCGUUUGGCAUACCAAAGAUGACAACGAAUCUAUAAUUGAUUAUCUUGCCACAGAAAAUAUAGCACGUAUUCUACGCUUAUUUAUCAUGGAGUAUUUGUUGAGUUCUCAACACAAUGAAUGAAAAAGAUAGGGACGUACUUUUAGAGUAUUAUAUUAUAUAAUUAAUAUGAUAGAUUUCCUAACGGUUGAUUUGUAACUCUAUUAUCAAAUUAAUUACCAGAAUAUUGCGGUGGGAACCGAAACACAUUGUUAUAUUUGAACCUAUAAACUUGUUAGAAUGUGCGUCAAGAUUUUUAGAUACUGACAAAAGCUUGCAUGAUUAAAUUAAUAUCCAGAAAAAGUGUAUGUAUAUUUUAGAUAGAAUAUAUGUAAAUUUGUGUAUAUGUACUUAGCACGUUUUGUUGAACAUUGCUUAUAAUAUUUUUAAUAUGUAUUUACUUUGCACAUAUUGUCCAUUUUUUUUUUACUUUUGUAAAUAUUAUUAAUUACGUAGAUGCUUUAGAUAAUUAAAUGACAAUUAAAAACAUAGUAAGAUUUGUGUAUAUACGAGUAUAAAAAUAUU